AUACAAGUUACUCAAAGCAGUACAAAAUAAACAGUGAUGAAGACAACAUUGUUAGCUUUUGUCCUUCUCUUUGCCCUGAUCUCACAACCACUUCUGGGAGCAGCUGAAGCCUCACCUGACGAAGUAAUUGACACAUCCGGCAAGCUGCUACGUGCUGGUGUCAACUACAACAUUCUUCUAUCGAUGCCUUACAGUAAUUGUAGAAGCCCACAAGGCCUUGGCCUCUCAAAGAUUGGUAAAUCAUGCCCUCUGGAUGUUGUGGUUGUGGAUAGAUAUCAUAGUUUGCCACUAAGGUUUAUACCCGUUAACCCCAAAAAGGGUGUUAUACGUGUCUCCACUGACCUUAACAUCAUGUUCCCUCCUAACAUCACUUGCCCUCACCAUUCCACAGUGUGGAAGCUUGAUAGCUUUCAGGUUUCUAAGGGACGCUUUGUGUCCACUGGUGGUGUUAAGGGCAAUCCUGGGAGGGAAACCAUUGGAAAUUGGUUCAAGAUUGAGAAGUAUGCUGGUGCUUAUAAACUAGUUUAUUGUCCCAGUUUGUGCCCUUCUUGCAAGGAUGUUGUGUGCGAGAAUGUUGGGAUGUUGGUUGAUGAGAAAGGGAACCAUCGUUUGGCUCUAAGUGCUGUUCCGUUCCAAGUUAAAUUCCUCAAGGCCUAACCAGAGUUCCUCUUGUGCACCACCAACUAUGAAUGUUUUCAGUGUGUUUCUGAUAAUGAUGUGUUCUUUCCAUUUUAAUUUGUGAGGAUAUAUACCCUAAUUAUAGGGGAAUUCCUUGUUAUGAUGAUGAAUAAGUAUUGAAAUAAU